AUGCUCUCCGCGGAGGCGAGCCACCUCUUCCGCAUCCGGCGCACGCUCCUGAAGAUGCUGAAGAAGCGCAACUACGUCGUCGACGUCGCCCAGCUCGAGAUGUCGAGCGAGGCCUUCCAGGAGCAGUUCGGCGAGCAGCCGAAGCGCACCGAUCUGACGAUCCUCGCGGAGCACGAGACGGACGCCGAGGACCAGGUCUUCAUCUUCCUCCCCGACGAGGAGAAGGUCGGCGUCAAGACCAUCAAGCAGUACUGCGAGAUGAUGAAGGAGGCCUCCGUGUCCCACGCCAUCCUCGUCGUCAAGGCGGGCAUCACGCCCUUCGCCAAGACGGCGCUCCAGGAGAUGGCGUCGAUGUACCUCAUCGAGCACUUCCGCGACAACGAGCUCCUCGUCGACAUCACGGAGCACAAGCUCGUGCCCGCGCACCAGCCCCUGAGCCCCGAGGACAAGGCGGCGCUGCUCAAGCGCUACAAGCUCAAGGAGAGCCAGCUGCCGCGGAUCCAGAAAAACGACCCCGUCGCGCGCUACUACGGCCUCAAGGUCGGCGAGGUCAUCAAGAUCGUCCGGCCGUCGGAGACGGCGGGCCGCUACGUGACCUACCGCGUCUGCAUCUAG